AAUUGCUGGCAUUCUUCAGUUGUAGCCUAUCGUUGUUGUAGCGUAGCCAUACUCCAGUACUGAUGAUGAAGGCUGUUCUUGCUUUUGUGUUGUGCCUGUCCGUGGCAAACAGCGCUGUGCUGAAGUUUCGAGAGUAUGAAGAGCAGUGGCAAGCAUGGAAAAGCUUUCACGACAAGAGUUACCUUACAGAUACUGAAGAACAAGCUCGCUAUGCUAUCUGGAGAGACAACUUGAGGAAAGUUCAACAACACAACUCCGAGGGACACUCUUACACCCUGGCUAUGAACCAGUUCGGUGAUCUGACAGUUGAUGAAUUCCGAUUUUAUUACCUGGGACUUCGUUCCCACUACUCCAAUGAAACUGAACGUCAUGGAUCGGCCUACCUCCCUCCCAGUGGAGUGAGCCUCCCCUCGUCAGUGGACUGGAGAACUAAGGGAUACGUAACUCCGGUAAAGAAUCAAGGUCAAUGUGGUUCUUGCUGGGCGUUCAGUACAACAGGAUCACUGGAGGGACAACACUUCAAGAAAACAGGAAACCUCGUCUCACUUAGCGAACAGAAUCUGGUCGACUGCUCGACUAAAUUUGGAAAUCACGGUUGCGAGGGAGGACUCAUGGACUACGCCUUCCAGUAUAUCAAAGCUAAUGGUGGUAUCGAUACCGAAGCAAGCUAUCCUUACAAAGCCCGCGAUGAACGCUGCAAGUUCCGAGCAGCUGACGUCGGUGCUACUGAUACUGGUUAUGUUGACAUUCAGCAAGGAAGCGAGCUAGCUCUUCAGUCUGCUGUGGCCGAAGUGGGUCCCAUCUCAGUGGUCAUCGAUGCAAGUCACACCUCAUUCCAGUUUUACCAAAGUGGAGUGUACAACGAACCUUCCUGUAGCAUUUCUCAGCUGGAUCAUGCAGUUCUCGUCGUUGGUUAUGGAACUUACCAAGGACAGGACUACUGGCUGGUAAAGAACUCCUGGGGAAAGAGCUGGGGAAUGGAAGGUUACAUUAUGAUGUCUAGAAACAAAAACAACCAGUGUGGAAUCGCUUCGAGCGCCAGUUACCCUCUUGUUUAAUGGACAUGUGUGAAACACUUAAAAUAUUCGAUUUUAGAUUUUUUUUAUUUUAUUUUAUUUUCAAUUAAUUGUAUUUUUAUUUUCAAUAAGAGACCCUCGGAGAUAUUAAUUAUCCAAACAAUAAAGCUUUUUUUUUCAUGUAAAA